CUCCAUCCAUUCUUACAAAAGGGCCAUUUUGGGAGAAGCACCAAUGAGGAGAAUGUUGGGAACAAGGAGGUUUCCCCAACCAAGUUUGACAUCUUUAAUUACCAGUCUCUGCCAAGCAGUACCAAAUCUCAAGUGAAGGUUGGCGAGUUUGUCUUUGAAUCUCACACUGUUCAGCAUUUUUCACUAGAUGAAAAACUCAUAACUUGGGGUAAAUAUGACAAGGAGAUUCCUUUUUCUGUUUGCAGUCAAAGUUGUCCACUUGGAUAUAGGAAAACACCUGUUGAAGGGAAACCAUUUUGUUGCUUUGAUUGUCUGCCAUGUGCAGAUGGAGAGAUUGCAAAUGAAACAGAUAUGGAUCAAUGUAUCAAGUGUCCUGAAGAUCAAUAUCCAAAUAAGCAGAAGAAUUACUGUCUCCCUAAAAUUACAACAUAUUUAUCCCAUGAAGAUACUCUAGGAGCUGUUUUGGUGUCUGUGGCCAUUAGUUUAUCUGUAUUUUCAGCUAUGAUUUUAGGAUUAUUUAUCCACUAUCGGGACACACCCAUUGUCAGAGCAAAUAACAGAAAUCUCAGUUAUCUCCUCCUAGUUUCUCUAAUGCUCUGUUUCUUUUGCUCAUUAAUAUUCAUUGGUCAACCUAGAACAGUCACUUGUGUCUUGAGACAAAUGAUUUUUGGGGUUGUAUUUUCUGUUGCCAUUUCUGCUAUCUUAGCAAAAACCUUCAUUGUGGUUGUGGCCUUCAAUGCCAUCAAACCAGGAAGCAGAUUACAAAUGGGGAUGGUGGUCCGACUUUCAUAUGCUAUAGUCUGCUGUGGUUCCAUNAUUCAAGUUUGUAUCUGUGCAGUCUGGCUGGGGACAUAUCCUCCUUUUCCUGAUGUUGACAUGCAGUCAGAGUUGGGGCAAAUCAUCCUCUGGUGUAAUGAGGGGUCCACCCUUGCUUUCUAUUUUGUUCUUGGGUACUUGAGCUUUCUGUCCUGUCUCAGCUUGCUUAUUGCUUUUCUGGCUAGAAGGCUACCUGACAGCUUCAAUGAGGCAAAAACAAUCACAUUCAGCAUGUUGGUUUUCUGCACCGUGUGGAUUUCUUUUGUACCCACUUACCUGAGCUCCAAAGGCAAAACCAUGGUAGCUGUGGAAAUUGUUUCAAUUUUGGUGUCCAGUUCUAUCUUACUGCUCUGUAUAUUUCUUCCCAAAUGCUAUGUGAUCCUACUGAGGUCAGGUGACCAUUCUAGAAAGAAGUUCUUUAAAUGA